AUGUGGAAGAAAAUCAAAGAAAUUUUGUGUAAGCAUACUGCUUACAAAGAUGAAUCAAAUACUACUUCAACACGUGGCACAAUAUCUGCUUCUGUGAUUGACCUAAAACCAUUACCAUCAACACCAUCACGACGAACGGAAACACUCCAUCAUCAUCAUCAUCAUCAUGAACCUCAUCAUCGUCGACCCUAUCGGAAAGUAACAGGCAAAAGUACUUUGAACAAGACUGAUGAGCAUUGUCGUUCGUUGUUUAAUCUUUUACCAACAUCAUUUCGCUCUCGUCAUCAUCAUCAACAAGCUUCAAAUAACAAAGGAAUAGAUGCUUCGACGACAACUACAACAAAAGCAUCGCCAUCAAUUGAUAUAUUCGGCACGGAUUACGAUUCUGGUUAUAUGUCUCAAAGUGUUUUAAAUCGUACAUCAUCAUAUGUAUCAUGUUAUUCAGCUGUUGCAACAACAAUGCCUGUUCCAUCUAUGAUAUCACAUGGUUCAAUUGAAAGUAUAUUAAAUGGAUAUUCAAAAUCAAAUCCAGCUAAUAUACGUAUUCUUAUACGAAAAAAUUUUGAGCCAUUUGCUCAAGCACAUAUUGGUGUUACCAAAGGUACACUUGUUACAGCUUUAUUUUCACGUGGUCCAUGGCUUUACAUACGUAUUGAAUCGACUGGACAAACAGGUUACAUUCCACGUAUAAUAUGUUCAUUAUAUAAAAAUCGUAUAAUAACAACUGAUAAAAAUUAUUCUCAUCAUCAUCAUCUAUCAAUAUCUUCCACAGAUUCAUCAUCAAAUAAAGAUGAUGAACUUGAUUUAACAGUAUCAUCACCAAAUAAUAAAUGUUUUAUUCGUCCAUAUAGACAACAACAAAAAAAUAAAAUGAAUCGUUAUCUAUCACAUAGUUCAGCUUUUAUUAAUGAUCAAGAAAAAUCAACAGAAUAUACAAAAAAAUAUUUAGCAAAAAUUGAUUCUGCUGAACGUGAAAGACGUAAUACAUGUACUCUUCCGCCACCACUACCAUCAACAUUAAUUUCAUCGAAAGAUCGUCGAUUAACAUUAGGUUCAAUUAAUUGGCCUAUAACAACAAAUCAAUCAGAUACAGUUGGUAUUCAUCAAAUCAAUGAUAUAUCAAUAAUAAACAAUAAAGAAAUCUUACCACCACCUCCACCACCAAGAGAUACUGAUUCAUCAAGUACACAAGAUUCUGGUUAUUCAGAAUCAACACCUUAUUUUCUCGUACAACAAGCAACACCCGACACAGAACAACCACCAACAAUAACCAAUCCGUCAAAAAAAUCAACUGCAUCAGCUCAUUAUGUUACUAUUCGACGCUCAUCUCUUCUGAAAACUCCUGAUACAAUAAAUACAUAUCAUAAUUCACUUCGACGACAACAACAACAAACAAUUGAAUCAAAUCAUCCUGUUCAACAUCGACAUACACUUCUAAAUGGUUUAUCAGUCAAUGAUAUGUUAGCAAAUAAUAUUAAUAAACGUCAUUCAUUUGGUGCAUUUCAUAUGAAUAAUAAUGAAAAUUAUGAUCAAUUAUUAACAAAAUCAGUCAAUUCAACAAAUAAUUCUUUACAUUCACGUCCAAUUGAAUUUGCUUUAAUACGAAAUGUUCGUCGUGAUAAAGACGAUUUAUAUCAACGAAUAAAACCUACCAUACAUAAUUUACCUAAAAGUCAUCGACAAAUUCCUGCAAGUAUCAUUUUAAAACAUCAUCGUCAACAACAAAAACAACAAUUUGGUAGUUCACAUAGUGCAUUUCGACCUGUUCAACCAACAUUAAAAUCAAAACGUGCAUCAAGUGAAGGUCAUUCACCUUCAAGUGAACAACAAAUUCUAUCUCCAACAAUCUCAUCGUCAUCAUCAUCAUCAUCAUUAUCAUCAUCAACUUCAUCUUUAUCAAAGAUAAAAAAAUCGUAUUUAUUAAAACAAAGACGUUUAUCAUGUGAUAUACCUAUGCCAAUUUUAUCAUAUAAAAAUUCCAAUAGUCUAACACGUUCUGUAUGUGGUCAAACAUCAAUGAAAAAUUUAAAUCAUUUUUCACGUACAAUGAGUGAAAUAUUAUGUGAUCAAUUUAGUGAAAUAAAUUUAGAUGCAAUAGAAAAAGAUUCACUUACACAACCAAUUAUAAUAAAAAAUUCACAACAGAUGAAAAAAAAUUUAAAUCCCCAACAAAAUUUAUUUACAAUAACAAAAGAUUAUCGAAGUUCACGUGCAUCAUUUUCUGUUAAACGUGGUGAUUCUGUUAAUGUACUUAAACAAGUUGGACGAGCCUGUUUUCUUGUUCGAAAACAAAAUAAUGGACAAAUUGGUUUUCUACCUAAAGCAUUAAUGAUACCAACAACACCAACAACAAAAAUCGAUACUUUCCUUGAAACACAUGGUUAUCGAGAAACGGUUAUAUAA